AUGGAGGUUCCUUUGAAGCAUUGCAGAAUCAAUAUAACCAGAGGAGUUGGAAUGAUUGCUGUCAAGAGACACUUCACAACUGAGCAUGUGUGCUUAGACGAUUUUGAUGUUUCUAUGGCUAUAUAUGAUGCAUCAGGCCAAAAAAUACACAACUACACGGGAUCUGUGUUCACAAAAUGCAAGGAUAUCGCAGCACAAAUAUGUAAUGAGCCAUUUCGUAUGUUCAUAAGUAGCAAUCGUGGAGUCGAGGCGAUUGGUGAUAACUGUAUGCCCAUUAUUAAAUGCCUGUAUAAAACUGGGGAGUCUGUGAGGAUCAGUGCAUCGCACAGAGUUGUGAUCGUCAAGCAUGCAUACCGGGUUGGAUUUAGACUGCUGGAUGCAAUCAGUGUACUUGGAAGCCUCCGCAGGCUGAAGCUUGCUAACUGUGGGAUAAGAAAGAUUCCUGAUGUUUCAAUGCUAAGGCUUACACAUAUCAAUCUAAGCAAUAACAAAAUACAUGGGAGUGUUUAUGCUAAUGGGACAUUCAGCAAAGUUGAUCUAUCGCAUAACAGGAUUUGCAGUGUUCUCAGAAUGAAUGCAUCUAGCCUAAACCUUGCUCAUAAUGCAAUUCGCUCAUUUUCACAGACAUUUAAGUACCAGUACCUGUCUCUGAGCCACAAUCCAUUGGAGGAGUAUUCUUCUGAGGCAUGUGUUGUAGAUUUAUCUUUCACAAGGGUGCAGUUUGUUUGUUCGAGAGUGGCAAGAAAGGUUAUUCUUGACGGCACGCAAGAUGUGAGGCUGGGCAUGUUUGACAGGCUUAUCUAUCUAAGUAUUUGCAAUUGCCAACUAAGAACACUUGAUGUUGAAGCAAAGAGCCUAAAAGUUCUAAAAGCAAGGAGCAACCUUAUAGAGUGUGUGCCUGUGUUUCCUGCACUGGAGUAUCUGGACAUAUCAAGAAACUUGGUGCGCGAGAUUCAGUGUAAACAGCUGACCUUCUUGAAUGCAUCCAUGAACCAGCUAAUUACAUUUGAUUUUAGACAGAUGCAUAAGAUGGUGCAUUUGGAUCUGUCUUACAACCCAAUUAUGUCACUAGAAGGGCAUGUACAACCAUCCACAACAUAUUUGCGGCUUGAGCAUAUACACAUGGACAUAGUUGGAGAAGCAUACAGACCAAUGUGUAUGAAUGAUGUGAACGGGUGUACAGUGCAUGUGUGCAAGAAAACAGAUAUGGUGGUUGAGCAGAUUGUGAUUAGCAAUAGCGUACAGCAUUUGAAUGUGUUUAUUGUGUGUUCAAGAAAACCCGGUGAUGAUAUAAAAAGUGCUGUCAAUGCAACCUUCUCGAGAAUAGAUGGAUGCGCAGAUACAAUUGAGUGGUUUGAGAGGUUCAGGUCAAUGCUCAACACGCUGAUUUCUGAAAUGGAUACUGAAGCGUCAUAUUUGAUUUGCAUGGUGACCUCAGAGCAUGUAGUUAUUAGUAGGAUAGGCAUGGACGCGGUCUUUUCGAACUUUGCACAUAUUAGAAUACUGAAUGAGCCCGAAUGUGUGUACAUCUAUGAUAACAUUGGUAGUUGGAACCUAAUUCCGGUAAUCUGCCCACUGAAAGAUACGGUAUCCAGAUUUGAUGUGCUGGAUACAUUAGAGAAUGAUAUUGGCAAGAUAAUGCGAUUUAUGAACUAUGAGUGUCCGUUGGCAAUGGCAAUGAGCAUCUCGGAUUUUUGUAUAUUUGAUGAGUGCAAACCUGCAAGUGGCGUCAGAUGCACCAGGAGCAUUUCAGCUGCAUUGAAAGGGUGUUUGGAGUAUGAGCGUGAGUUAAAUACAGUUGUGGAAAAGCGGAGCGUGGCUGAUAGAAAGCGCAGGUUGAUGGAAAGUGCGAUUAACGGAUGUGGAAACUACAACCCAGUGCUGAAGACAUCAAGCAGGCUUGGGUAUGAUUCUCUGAUUACGAAUCCUAAUCCUGUAUUUGUUUUCUGUAGGAUAUUCCCAAGAAACUCUGCAGACAUUCAUGCAUGUAUUGUUUCAAACACCAGAAACAUAAUCAGAAUGGCCUGCAAUAUUUUUUUCGGGGUAGUAGUGGAAUCUUCAAUUGACUUUUAUGUACUAGCGUUCCAUGAUAGAAUUGAGGCGUGUUUGUGGGGACUAAAGAUACAGGAAAUGCUUGGAUGCGUUUAUUUGGAUGUGAGUGUAGGAAUGGCAUGCGGGGUGUUUUAUACAAAGAUUUCUGGGGACCAUGUGCGCUUCUAUGGGCCUGCACUUAACAAGGCGGCCAGGCUGGUCAAUCUUGGAUGCGGAGUGUUCUGCUGUGAUUGUGUGCGAGUGGAGCAUCCGAAAAUAGUGUAUGUGCAGCAAGGAAAGAAGAGUCUGAAGGGAUUUGACGGCAUGCAUAUGAUAUAUGUGCUGAAGCAGUCAAGAGUUGAGUAUGAUGCAUCUGGGCAGCUGAUUGCAAAUGAAUAG